UUCCACGCAGGCGCCCUAUCAACAACCCACACGACGGCCUAACCGUCACCACAGGACCCCUUCGCCCGGGGGUCUCAGUUGCGCCGGUUAUUUCUCCUCUGUUGCGGGGAAAGCCUGCCGGAAAAUAUUAAUAUUCAGAAAUGCCACCGGGAACGAUCAGGGGGAUGUCUGAAUUGUGAGACUGGAUGGGGGAAUUGUGUGGAUCCCCACACCGUCUUCAGGCAGUAGGAUUGGCCCGCCGUCCUCUCCCUAGCCGGGGGGGACCUGGCGGCCCGCGCGGAGGCUGAUGGGACCGGUUGAGGUUGUUGCCGUGGCGCCGGAGGCGCCGAGUGAGGCGACCAAACCGUCCAUGGAGAGAAUAUCCAGCGAGAGGUUGCGGCUGCUCCUCUGCUUCUUGGGAGUCUUCGUCUGUUACUUUUACUACGGGAUUCUGCAGGAGACGAUAACCAGAGGCAAAUAUGGAGAGCAGCAAGAAUCAUUUACUUAUGCAAAAUCACUUGUGUUUGUACAGUGUAUUAUUAAUGCCAUCUUUUCUAAAUUAAUCAUACAAUUCUUGGAAAAACCUUCAUUUGAACGAACGCCACACUGGUUGUAUGCAGUUUGUUCAAUGUCCUACUUAGGAGCAAUGGUUUCUAGUAAUUCUGCACUCCAGUAUGUCAACUAUCCAACACAGGUUCUAGGUAAAUCAUGUAAACCUAUUCCAGAUGCACCAACAUACUUCACAUCUUACAAAUCACUUGAUGAACUGCAGUUACUGUCACUAUGUGAGUAA